AUUAUUAUAAAAUUCUAGAACAUCUCAAAACUUCCCAAGGGUUUAUGAAGGGCUUUACCUCAACACUCAACCCUUCAAAGCCCCUUCUCCAGUCAUUUCCUUCAAUGGCGCUUCCAAACUAAGCGCACAAGAACUCUUCAAUUCUCAAUUUCGCCUUUCGAUUCUCCCAAAAUCUCCACCUACAAUGUUGAAGCUCCUCUCCUCCUCUUCCGUGCGCCAAAUCCAUAACCACCUAGCCUCUCCGUGCGUCCGAGUCACUACCGAGUCGUCGACGAAUCCGUUGCUCAAAGCGCUCGGUUCCAUUAUCGGGUUGACUCGGGCGAAAUCCGGAAACCCUUCCUUUUAUGAAAGAGCUUUUUUUUCCUCGGAUUCUUCCAGCGACGGCAAGGGCGAGGUGGUAGAGGUUGAGUUGAAGAAAGGAGAGUCUGGCACUGACAGUGCUGACGCAAGCAAUGCAAUCGUGCCCACUAGUCCUAGGCCCGAGGAUUAUCUAACGGUGUUAGCGUUACCUUUGCCACAUAGACCUUUGUUUCCUGGUUUCUACAUGCCAAUUUAUGUCAAGGAUCCUAAAUUGUUGGCAGCUUUACAAGAAAGCAGAAAAAGGCAAGCCCCAUAUGCUGGUGCUUUUCUUCUUAAAGACAAGCCAGGGACUGAUCCUAACAUGGUGACUGGUUCUGAAGUAGAGAAAAACAUAUAUGAUCUUAAGGGAAAAGAUUUGUUUAAUCGUCUUCAUGAAGUUGGUACACUUGCCCAGAUUACAACCAUCCAAGGAGACCAGGUCAUCCUUAUUGGUCAUAGGCGACUUCGAAUAACAGAGAUGGUUAGGGAGGAUCCCCUUAUUGUCAAAGUUGAUCAUCUCAAGGAAAAACCAUAUAACAAGGAUGAUGAUGUCAUAAAGGCAACAUCAUUUGAGGUUAUUUCAACACUAAGAGAUGUUCUAAAGACAAGUUCCCAUUGGAGAGAUCAGGUUCAAACAUAUACUCAGCAUAUCGGUGACUUCAAUUUUCCAAGGUUAGCUGAUUUUGGAGCUGCAAUAUCUGGAGCAAGCAAAUUGCAGUGCCAGGAAGUGCUUGAAGAGCUGGAUGUGUAUAAGCGUUUGAAACUCACACUGGAGUUGGUAAAAAAAGAAGUAGAAAUCAGCAAGAUUCAGGAAUCAAUUGCAAAGGCAAUUGAAGAAAAGAUAAGUGGUGAGCAGCGUCGCUAUUUGUUGAAUGAACAGCUUAAGGCCAUAAAGAAGGAACUGGGAUUGGAAACAGAUGACAAAACUGCACUCUCUGCAAAGUUUAGGGAAAGGCUUGAACCAAAUAAAGAAAAAAUUCCGGCUGAUGUUUUGCAAGUAAUAGAAGAAGAGCUUACAAAACUGCAGCUUUUAGAGGCCAGUUCAAGUGAAUUUAAUGUUACUCGUAAUUAUCUGGAUUGGUUGACUGCAUUGCCUUGGGGUAAUUAUAGUGAUGAGAAUUUUGAUGUCCUUCGAGCACAAAAAAUUCUUGAUGAAGAUCAUUAUGGACUAACUGAUGUUAAGGAAAGGAUAUUGGAGUUCAUUGCUGUUGGAAAACUCAGAGGAAUCUCACAAGGGAAAAUCAUCUGUUUGUCUGGCCCGCCAGGAGUGGGCAAAACUAGCAUUGGUCGUUCAAUUGCGCGUGCUUUGAAUAGGAAGUUCUUUCGAUUCUCUGUAGGAGGGUUAUCUGACGUUGCUGAAAUCAAGGGGCAUCGUCGAACCUAUAUUGGUGCAAUGCCAGGAAAGAUGGUGCAGUGUCUGAAAACUGUAGGAACUGCUAACCCUCUUGUUCUGAUUGAUGAGAUUGACAAGUUGGGAAGAGGACAUGGUGGUGAUCCAGCAAGUGCCUUGUUGGAGCUUCUUGAUCCAGAGCAAAAUGCUAAUUUUCUGGACCACUACCUUGAUGUUCCAAUUGACCUAUCAAAGGUUCUGUUUGUAUGCACAGCGAAUGUUGUGGACAUGAUACCUAAUCCUCUCUUGGACAGAAUGGAGGUAAUUGCUAUUGCUGGGUAUAUUAGUGACGAGAAAAUGCACAUUGCCAGAGAUUAUUUGGAGAAGUCUACACGAGAAGCAUGUGGCAUCAAGCCUGAACAGGUUGAGGUCACAGAUGAGGCUCUUCUUGCCCUCAUAGAGAAUUACUGCCGAGAAGCAGGUGUUCGGAAUCUUCAAAAGCACAUAGAGAAGAUUUAUCGGAAGAUUGCACUGAAACUUGUACGUGAAGGAGAAGAAUCCGAAUCUGAUGUUUCUGGGGAACCAAAAGAAGCAAAAGCAGAAUCUGUUCAAACCUCUUCAGAAUCAAUAGACGAUGGCAGUAGUGAAAAAAAUAAUGAAACCUCUACAGAUCAGCCAUCUGAUCAAAUUCAGGGUCCUGUAGAUCAACCUGUCGAUUCAAAGGAAGCAACUGAAACUCAGAAAAUUGAGGAAAGUGAAGUAACUAGGGCAGUUAAGAAGGUGUUGGUUGACACAUCUAACCUAACUGAUUUUGUUGGAAAACCUGUUUUCCAUGCUGAGCGCAUCUAUGAACAGACUCCAGUUGGAGUUGUGAUGGGUCUUGCAUGGACUGCAAUGGGUGGUUCCACCUUAUACAUAGAGACCACUCAGGUUGAGCAAGGAGAGGGGAAAGGUGCUCUUCAUCUUACUGGUCAACUUGGAGAUGUUAUGAAAGAAAGUGCCCAAAUUGCUUACACAGUUGCUAGAGCAAUAUUGGUUGAGAAAGAGCCAGAUAACCCCUUCUUUGCUAAUUCCAAGCUUCAUCUCCAUGUUCCAGCAGGGGCCACCCCCAAGGAUGGGCCCAGUGCUGGUUGCACCAUGAUCACAUCCUUGCUUUCCCUCGCCAUGAGAAACCCUGUCCGGAAAGAUCUAGCAAUGACUGGGGAAGUUACACUAACAGGGAAAAUUCUUCCCAUUGGCGGGGUUAAGGAGAAAACAAUAGUAGCAAGGAGGAGUGAAGUGAAGACUAUCAUAUUCCCAUCAGCUAACAGAAGGGAUUUUGAUGAGCUUGCACCUGAUGUGAAAAAAGGCGUUGACGUCCACUUUGUAGAUAACUAUAGCCAAGUAUUUGAUUUGGCCUUUGGAUAUGACCAGAAUGGGGUAAAUGAACACUCCUAAGUAUUCCAUUCUCGAGAUGACUAUUUUUGAGGGUAAAGUGCAUAUGUUCUUUGUGACCAUAUCCUGGAACCAAAAUCAGUUCAUAGUACAGACUAAAUUUUUUCAUCUUAUGGGUGGGAGAUGAUUUUCCAUUGCUUUAUUCACAUGUUAUAGUUCAUGUAAAACUAAAACCUCCCAUUAGUUAAUAGGUGUAAUUUAAAUUGCAGAAAGGGUUGAGUUCGUAUUUUUUAUGACUGAUUUUGGGAACAUCAGAAAUGCAGCCAUAGUGCAACAGUAUAAAUGAAAGUUUGUUUGAAUACAA